AACUAGAGGCGCUUGAGAGUGGACCGCUUGGAGGGUGGGAGCGCAGUCGCAGGUUAUCCAUCGCCUGGUGCAAGAUCUACCGUCACUCUGCCACGUCUGGGAUCUUCCUUUAUAUAGACGGGAGACUCAACAAAACCACUUUCCUCAACGCGGACCCAGAUUGUUCUCAUUUUUCUCUUUUGCCCCCCUCUCUCCUUUUUUUCCACCCCCCUGAUCAGGCUUAACCACCCUGUGUUUUGUAAAGGCAAUUGUUAGUGCGCAUCAUCGCGGGAGCCAAAAGGAGGUUUGCCACUUCUUCCAUAGGAGACUGCGGGCUGCUGGAGCGUCAUGACAGCUGAGAAGAGCGGGCCUGUUAUAAACGGUAAACCAGAGGAUGGCAGAGACCCGGAAGGGUCCAGCUCCAGCCUAGACAACAGGGAGUACAAUGAGAGGGGCCAAUGGAACAACAAGAUCGAAUUUGUCCUGUCUGUGGCUGGAGAGAUCAUCGGGUUGGGCAACGUCUGGAGGUUUCCUUACCUCUGCUACAAGAAUGGAGGAGGUGCGUUCUUCGUUCCGUAUGUCAUCUUCUUCGUGUGCUGCGGUAUCCCGGUGUUUUUCCUGGAGACUGCCCUGGGUCAGUUCACCAGUGAGGGAGGCAUCACCUGCUGGAGGAAAGUCUGCCCGCUCUUCGAGGGUAUUGGCUAUGCAACGCAGGUGAUUGAAGCUCAUCUAAACGUGUACUAUGUAGUGAUCCUCGCCUGGGCCAUCUUCUACCUCUUCAACUGCUUCACCACUGAGCUGCCGUGGGCUGGCUGUGGGCACUACUGGAACACAGAGAACUGUGUCGACUACUACGGAGAAAAUGCCACCAACAUUACAAACCCCAAUGCCACCUCUCCAGUCAUCGAGUUCUGGGAACGCAGAGUCCUGAAGAUAUCAGAUGGUAUCGAGCACAUGGGUGGAAUGCGCUGGGAGCUGGCCAUGUGUCUGGCCCUGGCCUGGUUCAUCUGCUACUUCUGCAUCUGGAAGGGACCCAAGUCGACUGGCAAGGUUGUGUAUGUGACAGCAACAUUUCCAUACUUCAUGUUGUUGAUCCUGCUGAUCCGAGGAGUGACGCUGCCAGGAGCAUUUGAUGGCAUCAAGUUCUACCUCUACCCAGACAUAUCACGUCUCUCUGACCCUCAGGUGUGGGUUGACGCUGGAACCCAAAUCUUCUUCUCUUAUGCCAUCUGUUUGGGCUGUCUCACUGCUCUGGGAAGUUACAAUGCCUACAACAAUAACUGUUACAGGGACUGCAUCAUGCUGUGUUGUCUGAACAGCGGCACCAGCUUUGUAGCAGGUUUUGCUAUCUUCUCUGUGCUGGGCUUCAUGGCCUACGAGCAAAACGUUCCCAUCGAAGCUGUUGCAGAAUCUGGUCCUGGUCUUGCAUUUAUUGCAUACCCCAAGGCUGUUACUAUGAUGCCUUUGUCUCCACUUUGGGCCUGUCUGUUCUUCAUGAUGCUCAUCUUCCUUGGUCUGGACAGUCAGUUUGUGUGUGUGGAGAGUUUGGUGACAGCCGUGGUGGACAUGUACCCAGAGACCUUCAGGAGAGGCUACCGCAGAGAGCUGCUGAUUCUGGGCAUGUCUAUAGUCUCCUUCUUCAUAGGACUCAUCAUGUGUACAGAGGGAGGGAUGUACGUCUUCCAGCUGUUUGACUCCUACGCUGCCAGCGGGAUGUGUUUACUGUUUGUGGCCAUAUUUGAGUCCAUAUGUAUCGGCUGGGUGUAUGGUAGUGACAGAUUCUACCUAAAUAUUGAGGACAUGAUUGGCUACAAACCUGUCUUCUUCAUCAAGUGGUGCUGGAUGAUCCUGACCCCGGGCAUCUGUGCUGGAAUUUUCCUGUUCUUCCUGAUUAAAUACAAACCGCUGAAGUACAACAACAUUUACACCUAUCCUGACUGGGGCUAUGGUAUCGGCUGGUUCAUGGCCAUGUCCUCGAUGGUCUGCAUCCCUUUUGGGAUUAUUUGGAUGAUCUGGAAGACUCCUGGCACCUUCACUGAGAGGAUGAAGAAGUUGACAACUCCCAGUCCAGACCUGAAAAUGAGAGGGAAGCUCUCCGCCCUCAGUCCUUACGCUGCCAACGACGCAAAACUCAAGGUUGAUGGGAAAAUAUCCACCAUCUCAGAGAAGGAGACGCAUUUCUAACCGACUGCCUGACCGCCAGACCGAGCUGCCUGCUGUCUUCACAAUAAGUGCAACGAAUGAAAACCACAGCAAACAACAACAACAACAUCAUCCACCACCACACAAAACAGGAAAUGAAACAAAUGACUCGGGAGUGUUAUUUUUGUUUUGUAUAAAAAAAAGGAGAAAAAAAAGGAAAUGCUAUCACAUGAUUCGUAGUCUGCUUCUGUUUUGCACAAACUUUGAUAACACAUUUUCUUUUUUCAGUUAACACCGUGACUAAAGAUGCUGUUUUUUUCUUUUCUAACAGUUAAUUUUUUAAAGAAAUCUGUCUGAUGACAUAUAUGGUUAAAACUUGUCCUGGUACCUUGUCAGUACUGGUCACACUAGUGUUUGGGCCUGUAGAACAAUACCAGUGUGCUGUGUUGUAAAAGACUUACACUGUACAUUUAUUGGCAAAGUGCUGUGCCUCUUUAUUAGGUACUAGGUACCCAAAUGUGACUAUCUAAGAUGUAGCAGCGUGGGGACCAUUCUACAUAGUUUUAUGUCUUAAGAGGAUACUGCAGUAUUUGUUAGUGCUGAUGCUAUAGGAGGGCAAACCCUGAACACCCCUGCAAGUAAAACUUUGAGUUGUGUAUAUAUAUCUAGAUGUACCAUCAAAUUCUUGGAUGUUAUCUUAACCAGCUGUGACUGUGAGGUAGUGAUUUGUACUUACUUGAAUUCAACGUUGUUGCUAAGCAACAUAAGAAAAAACUCUGCUCACUAGAUGUAAUGAAUGAUGUUAUUAGGCUUUUGAUCAUCACGUUAGUAUAUAUUAUAGGGCUUUGCUGAUUUCCACGGCACUGCUCUCAUUCCUAGGUCAUCAAAUACUGACACUUUGUCACGCCCCUCAGCAUCUCAUAGCCAUGCACAGGGCACCGUCUCUGUGUGAUGCACAGCUGAAACCAUAGACUGUAUGUAAAGAUGGACAGUGCAUCUCCACUUCGCUCCACUGUACAAAAAUGAAGCCAAAACAUCCUGGAUAUGGCCGCUGCCCUCAAGCACUGGUGACAUAAUUUGAGGCCAGACUCUCCGCAGUGGUCAAAUCUGCUGGUAUUGAGUUCCCACCCAUUUGCGAGCAGCAGCAUUGAUAGCAAGCAUACCGAUUGGCACACACAGCUAUCAAUCAUGACCUCAAUCCCCCCCCUUUUUUUAAAAAUCAAAUUACUAGUUAUAACCAAACGUAUCAGAAAAACAAACACUUGAACAUACAUCAGUGUCAUAAGAAUUACCUAAAAUAACAGAAAGCAUCCUUGGGAAAAAUGUAUUUGACGUGCACUUUGAGUUUUUGGUUUGGCCUAUGUCCAAUCUGCUAACAUGGAAGGGGUGGGAUUUAUGACCUAUACUGCAACCAGCCACCGGGGGCAAUCAGGAUGUUUUGGCUUCGCUGUUGGGGAGCUGUCAUGUCAUCCUUUUUAUACAGUCUAUAGCUGAAACAUGAGGCUAAUGUGAAACUGUUGUGGUGAGGUUUGAAAAAACAGAUCAUACUUUGGGCUUAAAUAAGUUUUUCUUGACAGUAACGUAACGUGACAUAAGUACGUCAUGUAAGUGACAUCCGUGUGCGACAGUGGUACAUAAAUAAUGUCACAUUAUGUCACAUGGGACACGUUGUCUCUUUUUGUUUGACUCAUCCACCUCCUACCCAACGUGGACUUUCUCGCGUUUUAUAUGACAUCAUUUACUCUCAGCGACAAACACUGCCAUGAAUAAGUUUAAACUGGAGUUAGCUGAAAGCCCAAUACAUGUCGUAAUGAAGCUGAAGGGUGCCUUAAGCGUCAGUAUUGCAUGACGAGGGGUGCGACUAUAGAUUGUCUAUCAAGAUAAACAAUGGAUCUCCAUUUCCUCCCGGUGUACAAAAAUGAAGCCAAAUAUCCCUGCAUGUGCUGGUGACAUCAUUUGGAGCCAGAGUGGAAAUGGAGCUGUCAUCCUGUAGUGCAGCCAGCCACCAGGGGCUGAUUGAGAUGUUUUGGCUUCACUUUUGGGGAGCUGUCAUGUCGUCCAUCUUUAUGUACAGUCUAUGGGUGUGAUGAAACCUGUACUUGAUGACCCAGGGAUGAGAACAGUCUGAAGGUUUACAGUAAUAUUGAAGGGCAAAUAAACAGUCAAACCUGUAAAACCAUUCUCCUCAGUUUUAGAAAUCUUCAAUUUUACACGUCUUGUUUUCGACAUGGCUUCAAAUAGUGAGUGACUUGCAGGCUGAGUCUAGAAACACACCUCUCCCUCCUCUAGCUGCCCUCCUAUAAGUCGUGGGUAUCCGUCAUUUCACAGCAAUUAUGCUGAGCCUAACUCAGAGUGACAGACAGAUGUGCUUCCACCCCUGCAUUUUUAUUUCCUGUUCCGCCUGUAGAAGAGAAGAUGAACGCCCAUCAGAUGAGCAUUUCAAAACCCAUCUGUCUUCUUAUCCCCCCCUUCUUUCUAGUCUUUCCCUCUUGUCCCCCUCUUUCCUUUCUCCCGCUGUCCUUCCCUCUCAUUCUCAACCUCGGCUUGUCCGCCUCUUUCAAUGUUUUUCCGCUUCUGUCUUUGGCGUCUCUUCAUCACGUGGAGGGCUUGUGCAAUGACACGGGCCUUGUAUGAAACUGUGAUGCUGCUGGAUGCUUUGUAUUUCGUCACAGACAGCGACAGUCUUGCUGUUGAUUAGCGUUUCUGUGACCUGUCUUAGACCUUACUGAGAAAUAGACAUCUUUUAAUUUUGCUGUCUGAGCCGCUGCAGGGGUAAAAGCACCGUCUCCUCCUGUCAUCUCUUUAAUUGUGGUAAGACUCAGUGAGCUGGUCUCAUUGUUCAGAUCGAUCUCAGUCCCUCGCAGCCUCGUCCUAUCACUCCGAGCUGUCCUACCUCCCUUCCUUGCUUUGUCCAACUUUCCCACCUCUUGUCCUUUCUUCCCUCUGUCCUUUGUUUCCUGAUGAAAAUGCAAUCAGAGGAGAGUGUCUGAGGGGAUGAAACUCAAAUUUCUCUCUACAGUUUUUCAGGAGGAGGCAAAGAAAGCAGGGGAAGAAAUUAGGAAACGAUGAGCCGAGGAAGUGUGCGAUCGAGUAGGAAGUGAGGGAAACCGAGGAAGUGUUCAGCGACUGAAGCCCCUCCUGUCUAAGCUGUGACAUCCUCUUAAACACGUGAUUGGUCCCACUGGUGUGGUUGCAUUAUGACAUUAUCACCUCCUCACUGAUGUUUGUGCAAGUUAAUAGUCGUGUGCAUCGGAAAAGUAUAGCCUGCUGUUUAACACUGAUCGUGUCGAUGUAUAUUUUUACAUCUCUUUCUAAAAAAAAUCUGUGGUCUAUUUCUUGACAUGAACGAUGUUUUAAAAGAAUUGCUGUAUUAAAAAGAAUACGUCCUUUGUUUUGACUUUUGAUAUGUCGUUCAAAAGAUCUUGUUAUAGAAAUAUAAUGGAAGACGUUUUACUGUUCUGUACUGUUCUACACACAUUUUGGUAUUCACAGGACACAUGAACUGUCUGCUUACUCAUUUUUAAGAAUAAAUAUUAUGAAGGAAAACAGA